GCGGGCGGGCGGGCGGGCCUGCUGUCCGGGUGACCCCGCACAACACAGCCUCGGGUUACAGGCGCCCCUCUGGCUCCCGCGGGGACACCAUGGAGCACUCCCUGCACCGGGUCUCCCUAGGGAGCCGGCGCGCCCAUCCGGACUUGUCCUUCUACCUCACCACCUUUGGUCAGCUGAAGCUGUCGAUUGAUGCCCAGGACCGGGUUCUGCUGCUCCACAUCAUCGAAGGCAAAGGCCUGAUGAGCAAAGAGCCUGGCACCUGUGACUCCUACGUGAAGAUAUCUUUGAUUCCCGAAGACAAUCAGCUCUGCUCUCAGAAGACACAGACCAUCUCGGACUGCAGAGACCCAGCUUUCCAUGAGCACUUCCUCUUUCCUGUCCCAGAGGAGGAUGAUCAGAAACGUCUUCUGGUGACUGUGUGGAACAGGGCCAGCGUGUCCAGGCAACGGGCACUCAUUGGCUGCAUGAGCUUUGGGGUGAAGUCCCUCCUGACUCCGGACAAGGAGAUCAGUGGUUGGUAUUAUUUGCUGGGGGAAGACCUGGGCCGCACCAAGCACCUGAAGGUGGCCAGGCGGCGGCUGCGUCCCCUGAAAGAUCCACUGCUGAGAAGACCAGGAGGCGCAGACCCUGACAGCAGGGAGAAAGUCCAGAUCACCAUCCCGAGGGGCAAAGACGGCUUUGGCUUCACCAUCUGCUGUGACUCUCCGGUCCGAGUCCAGGCUGUGGAUUCUGGGGGCCCAGCGGAGCGGGCAGGCCUGCAACAGCUGGAUACGGUGCUGCAACUGAAUGAGAGGCCCGUGGAGCACUGGAAAUGUGUUGAGCUGGCACAUGAGAUUCGGAGCUGUCCCAGUGAGAUCAUCUUGCUUGUGUGGCGUAUGGUCCCCCAGGUCAAGCCAGGGCCAGAUGGUGGGGUCUUGCGGCGGGCCUCCUGCAAGUCAACACAUGACCUCCUGUCACCCCCUAACAAGAGGGAGAAGAACUGCACCCAUGGGAUCCAGGCCCGUCCCGAGCAGCGCCACAGUUGUCACCUGGUGUGUGACAGCUCAGAUGGGCUGCUGCUUGGUGGCUGGGAACGCUACACGGAGGUGGGCAAGCACGCUGGCCAGCACACCCUGCCUGCGCUGUCCCGGGCCACUGCCCCCGCUGACCCCAACUACAUCAUCCUUGCCCCGCUGAACCCUGGGAGCCAGCUGCUGCGGCCUGUGUACCAGGAGGACACCAUCCCUGAAGAAUCAGUGAGCCCUAGUAAAGGGAAGUCCUACACAGGCCUGGGCAAGAAGUCCCGGCUGAUGAAGACAGUGCAGACCAUGAAGGGCCACGGGAACUACCAAGACUGCUCUGCCUUGAGGUCACACACUCCACACUCAAGCUAUGGCACCUACGUUACCUUGGCCCCCAAAGUCCUGGUGUUCCCCGUCUUUGUUCAGCCUCUAGAUCUCUGUAACCCUGCCCGGACCCUCCUGCUAUCAGAGGAGCUGCUGCUGUAUGAGGGGAGGAAUACGGCUGCCCAGGUGACACUAUUUGCCUACUCGGAUCUGCUGCUCUUUACUAAGGAGGACGAGCCAGGCCGCUGCAACGUCCUGAGGAACCCUCUCUACCUCCAGAGUGUGAAACUACAGGAAGGUUCUUCAGAGGACUUGAAAUUCUGUGUGCUCUACCUGGCAGAGAAGGCAGAGUGCUUAUUCACUUUGGAAGCACACUCGCAGGAGCAGAAGAAGAGAGUGUGUCGGUGCCUUUCAGAGAACAUCUCCAAGCAGCAGCAGCUGGCAGCGUCACCCCCGGAGAGGAAGAUGUUUGAGACAGAAACAGAUGAAAAGAAAGAGAUGCCCCUGGAGGAGGGAAAGGGGCCAGGUGCUGAGGAUGCUGCAGCCAGCAAGGACCCCUCUCCUGGCCAGGAGCCUCCUCCAGGAAAAGACCUCCCAUCCAACAAGGACUCUUCUCUGGGGCAGGAGGCUGCUUCUGGCCCAGAGCCACAAUCGAGUGAACCUACUCAAGUUCCGGAAGCCCCGACGAGCAAGGACUUGCCAUCAGAUCAGGAGUCCCCUCUGGUCCCAGACCUCCCAUCUUGCCAGUCUCUUCCUGCUGGUCAAGAACCCACUUCUAGCCAAGACCUGGAGCUCAGCCAAGACAUCCCUGCCACCCCAGAACUCCCCAUCCAGGACCUUCCACCCUGUCAAGACACACCUCCUAGCCAGGGCUCCCUCCCAGCAGAGGCCCUUGCUGAGCAGACCCCCUGUUCUGGGGAACCACCAGUCACCACCACAGCCCCACCAGUGGCCUCUAGACCCAGCUUUGUGAUUCCUGAGGUCCGGCUGGAUAGUGCCUACAGCCAGCAGGCUGGAGCCCAGGGGGGCAGUUCUGGUGAUGAAGAGGAUACAGAAGAGGCCGAGGAGGGCGGGGAGGUAGAGGAAGAUGAAGAGGAAGACACUAGUGAUGAUAACUAUGGGGAACGCAACGAGGCCAAGCGCAGCAGCCUGAUCGAGACUGGCCAGGGCGCCGAGGGCGGCCUCUCGCUGCGCGUGCAGAACUCGCUGCGGCGCCGGACGCACAGCGAGGGCAGCCUGCUGCAGGAGGCCCGCGGACCCUGCUUCUCCUCAGAUACCACCUUGCACUGCUCCGAUGGUGAGGGCACUGCGUCUAACUGGGCCAUCCCUUCACCCCGCACCCUUAAGAAGGAACUGGGCCGCAAUGGAGGCUCCAUGCACCACCUUUCGCUUUUCUUCACGGGACACAGGAAGAUGAGCGGGCCUGAUCUUGGGGAUGAUGAUGACACCUCCCGGAAGAGAAAGAGCAAAAACCUAGCCAAGGACAUGAAGAACAAGCUGGCCAUCUUCAGGCGACGGAAUGAAUCUCCGGGCUCCCAGCAGGCUGGCAAGACAGACAAGAUGACGAAGUCCUUUAAGCCCACCUCGGAGGAAGCUCUGAAAUGGAGUGAGUCCCUGGAGAAGCUGCUGCUUCACAGACAUGGCUUAGAAGUGUUCCAGGCUUUCCUACGCACUGAGUUCAGCGAGGAGAACCUGGAGUUCUGGCUGGCCUGUGAGGACUUCAAGAAGGUCAAGUCGCAGUCCAAGAUGGCAGCCAAAGCCAAGAAGAUCUUUGCUGAAUUCAUCGCAAUUCAGGCAUGCAAGGAGGUAAACCUGGACUCGUACACACGGGAGCACACCAGGGACAACCUGCAGAGCGUCACGCGGGGCUGCUUUGACCUGGCUCAGAAGCGUAUCUUCGGGCUCAUGGAGAAGGACUCAUACCCUCGCUUUCUUCGCUCUGACCUCUACCUGGACCUCAUUAACCAGAAGAAGAUGAGUCCCCCACUUUAGGGACCACCGGUAUACUGCUCACAUUCACACCGAGUAAAGUGGGCCCCCCGCCCACUAGCCUCCUUCCCCGCCACGACUGAGGGGGCAAGCAAGUCCCCAGAGGCUGUAUCUCCAGACAGAUAGAUGGACAUUUGGAUUCGAGGCCUGGACUGAGAGGGGCCCAGGCUGCUGUGGGAGAAGGACUGGUCACAUCAGGUCCCCACCACUCCGGUACGAGGGAGCCCAAGGGUCCUGACAGAUCAGGGGUCCUGGUGGAGCAUAGAUGGGGGGCUGUAGCUCCCUGCUUUGGAGAUUUGGAGACUUCGCACUGACCAAGUUCUUUAGAGAACUGGCUGGGGGUGGGGGGACAAGAGACCCAGGCCUGGGCUCUGGGGCCAUCCUGGGGGCCGCUGGGUCUUGCAGCUCAGACUCCCCCCCCCCCCAUUGAGUCUUAUUUAUUUAAAUGGUAGUUGGAUGUUUGGCACUUGUCCUGUAAUAGGAAACCGUUGCCCAUCAGUUUUUUCUAACUUACAAUACAAGUGCAAUAUUUUAACCAAUGCCUUGUGAAAGCCACUGGUGAGGUGGACACAGUUCUCCAGUUUCAGGGCAUUUGCUGGUCCUGGGAACCAGUGGUGGCAGCUGGGCCUUCUGGACUGAUGAGGUCCAGAGGGACGCUGUAGUCUGACCACCACAGAAUGUGAUGCCUCCUGAGUGGGGCGUCCCUCAAGGGUUCCAGGAAAGCAUGGUACCCUCAGGCCACACAGUAGCCAAGUGCUGGAGCAAAUAAAAGGCCUGCGUUAUUA